AUGGUGACCCUUGGGUUAGCACGAAUUAGCGCUCUGGUCAAGUCGACGCCACAGACAUGGAAAGCCAUCCAUGUUGCUGGAACGAACGGCAAGGGUUCGAUAUGCGCAUACCUAACUGCCAUGUUGCGCGCCAAUCAGAUCUCAUGUGGUAGAUUUACCUCGCCUCAUCUCAUAAACCCUCGGGAUUGUAUCACUAUUAAUGAUAGCAUCGUGUCUGAGAGCAAGUUCAGGUACUUCGAGGAUUUAGUCAAGAGGAGAAACACGGAGCAGAAGAUUGGCGCUAGUGAGUUCGAGCUUCUCACGGCUACGGCCUUUGAGAUAUUCGAAUCCGAGAAGGUCGAGUUUGGCAUAAUCGAAGUAGGGUUAGGCGGAACUCUUGAUGCUACGAACGUAUUAAAACACAAGUGUGUCACCGUCAUUUCCAAAAUAGGCCUCGACCACCAAUCGUUUCUGGGCAAUACCAUUGAGGAGAUUGCUCGUCAAAAGGCAGGAAUCAUGAGGAAAGAUGUCCCUUGUGUUGUUGAUGGCAGCAACUCGAAGUCUGUUCUAGAUGCUCUACAGAAACAUGCUGAAGAGACAGGUAACAGCAUUAUUUUUGCAGAUGCCAAGUCCAAUGAGCUCGUGAACAAGUUACGAGAUUUCCUCGAACCACAUCAACAACAAAAUCUGGCAUGUGUAUAUGAAGCUUUCAGAUUGGCAUUUCCGCAGCAUGCUGUCUCCACGGAGAGCCUCGCCUCUGCUGCCCGGAAUGUAGUAUGGCCAGGCAGGUUGCAGUGGGUGAGCAUUGAAAAGGUUACAAAUAGAAAGGGUAAUAUUUUACUUGAUGGGGCUCAUAACCCUCAGUCCGCGGAAGCACUCUCCGGCUUUGUUCAAAAACACCUACGGUCCCAAAACAAACCAGUCACCUGGGUACUUGCCGCCACUCGAGGAAAAGACGUAUCAGAAAUGCUAAAACUGAUGCUACGCGAUGGUGAUUCCAUAGCAGCAGUCGAGUUCGGCCCUGUUGAUCAGAUGCCCUGGGUCCAGCCCACAAGUUCGACAGAUCUACUUGACACCGCGAGCAAAUGUGGCGUUGCGAUUUCGUCACAGUUCGACGCAUCUGCAAAUGUACGCUCAGCUCUCGAGUGGGCAAGCCAGACCGCGAACGAAGGGCCGCUUGUUAUUGCAGGAAGCCUCUAUCUAGUCUCGAAUAACGAAUAUACAAUUACCAUAAGCCACACGAUGUCUCCAAGCCCGCCCGAACAUUUAAUCAUCGUAUGCUGCCAUGGAAUCUGGCUUGGUGGUCCCGCGCGAGGCUAUGACGAAAAUGAAUGGCUCAUCGCCGCAUUUCAAAAAGGCGAAACACCAACUUUCAUUGAGCAUAUCAAGACUGGGCUACAGGCCUUGAAAGAGAACCAGAAUUCCAUUUUAAUGUUUUCCGGCGGGCCUACAAGAAAGGAAACUCGCCUAUCCGAAGCUCGCAGUUAUGCGAAUCUCGCUAUCGCCAAUGAUUUCUUCGGUAUUCUCACCGAAGAUGAAACUGUAGACAGGUUGCACAGCGAAGAGCGAGCAUUGGAUUCUUAUUGCAACGUCUUAUUCUCGCUCACCAAGUUCUGGUCUGGCUACGGGGCAUGGCCGGCAACGAUUACAAUAGUUAGCCACGCUUUUAAACGCGAGCGUCUGGUCGACUGCCAUUGUGGUGCUAUUGGAUUUCCUCUAAACCGGAUUAGUUUUGUCGGCGUGGAUCCGCCUGGUAUGGUCGAUGGAAUAAACGAGGCUGCUAUCAAAGGUAUCGUUGAAGCUAUUACCCAAUGGAAAGAGGAUCCUCAUGGUAAAGGCGAGCUUCUUGCUGGUAAGCGUAGGAAAAGAAACCCGUGGAACGUACCCCAGACACUCUUCCUUAAUGAAGACGAUCGGAUUCGCAGUGGCUUACACGGAGAGAAACCGGUUUGCGAAAGGGGUCAUAUCCUCUUUUUUUCGCAGCCGUCCGUGGUGCAGCCAUAG